UCGAGGAGAGCCUGGAACCUGAACUCCUUAAAGGAGGCUCAACCCAAGAAUCCAAGGCAGGGCAGCGCUCCCUAGUGAAGACGGGGUGGGAUUUGCCACUCCGCCGCCUCUUCCCCCUCCCCGCCGCCGCAUUUCUUCCUCCUCCUCUCCUUUUCCCUGAAAGUCGCCGAGCUGCUUUGCAUGUCAACGAAGGACCGGGGAGGCAGAAGCAGGAACGGAGAUGCCAGUAGCAGCCCCUGCCUGACACACGCGGUGCCGCUGCUGCUCAGGCUCCCUUUGGCGAGCGGCUCGGCUCGGUGCAUGGGCACCCGAGCGCUCGGUGCUUGCUCGAAUCCCUCUCCCAGCCCUUAAGGCGACUCGGCGGGCAGACAAGAAGCGCCGCCGCGGCUCCUGGCGGCAGCAGAUGCUCUACGUGAUUGACGCAAUUGGCACAACACUUCCUUCCCAGAGCGAACAUUGGCAACACGCAUAGAUUUUUCAGGAGACAAAUCCAUUCAUGUCCUUAGAAGCAUGACAGAGAUAAUGAAUACACGUGAACCUGUGAUGGAGGAAUUUACCUUGAGCCAACCUGAGGAAGAAGGAGGCACUUCCACUCAGGCAUUCCCGGAUGCCCAUGAAAAGUAUCCAAAACUGUCAAAGAGAUUACCAUCCAUUGUGGUAGAGCCAUCUGAGAUGGGGGAUGUUGAAAGUGGAGAGCUUCGUUGGCCUCCAGAGGAUCUGAAAUCGAUGGAAGACAAGAAGGCUCUCACUGCUCAGAGAUCCUAUGCUCAGCAACACCAGAUGGAUCUUGAAAGUGCUUCACCACACCAAGACAUAGGAGAUAGUACAAAAUCCAGUGGAAGCAGAACUGAGGAUGACUAAGGAACUUCAUUCAACAAACUGAAGCUGUGGUGGGACCCUAAUUGGAAAGCUGGCACAUUCCGAAGGCUUGUCAACAUGCUCUAUUUUAAAACCAUAGAAGGUUUUAAUUUUAGUUCUAUUAUUAGGUUAGUACAUGGCAAGAAAUUUAGGGGCUUUAGAACUGCUUCUUUUCAGGCUGGGAUUCAUAUCAUUUCAAUUUCCUUUGAGGAAAAGCGGAGCACAUUAGGUAGUUCUUCCUGGUUCCUUUUAUUAAUGCCAUAAAAGGAAAAAUAG